UAUUUAUUUAUAUCAAAGAUGCUCGGUGGCCUAAAAAUGCUCGGAGGUGCAGAGGAGAAGGGCGAGGCGAAGGAGAGAGAGCGAGGGGUCGGCGUAAGCGGAAUCAAGAUCACAGAGUCCAUGUGGUCGUCUUCCUCGUUGCAUGCAGCGCACACAUGAUUCUUCCUUUCAGGCGUGCAGUACCUGCUCAACCUGCAACUCGGCUACUGAAGACCGGUGCCUUUUCGCAUCCUGGCUUUUGCUGGCUAGCUUUACUCAUGGGGGGCUGUGUUCCUUCGAGACGUAUGGAGAAGCACACACUCGCACAUGGAGAUCUGAUUAUUCUUGCUUCUGAAACAUCUUUUACGGUGACCGAAAUAGCAGCAUUGUAUGAGCUGUUUAAGAAGUUGAGCUGUUUGAUCAUUAAAGACAGGCUAAUUCACAGGGAAGAGUUCCAACUCGCUUUGUUCAGGAAUAGCAACAAGCAGAAUGUCUUUGCAGACAGGAUAUUUGACUUGUUUGAUGCCAAUCACAAUGGAGUGAUUGACUUUGGCGAGUUUGUGAGGUCACUCAGCAUCUUUCACCCAAAUGCUCCAAAAGAAGAGAAGAUUGCAUUUGCAUUUAGAUUGUAUGAUCUAAGGAGUACUGGCUACAUCGAACGCGAGGAGUUGAGGGAGAUGGUGGUAGCUCUUUUGGAUGAAUCAGAUCUGUCUCUCUCGGAUGAUAUUAUUGAAACAAUUGUUGAU